AGCCGAAGAUGUCGGCUCGGUCAUGUGAUCAGCUGUGUCCAAUCACAGCUGAUCACAUGGGACAUGUACACUGAUCAUCAGGACACUGAUGAUCAGUGUGCCCUGAUAAUCAGUGUGGCCCCAGAAGUGCCACCUGUCAGUGCUCAUCAGUGCCAGUGCCACAUCAAUGCCACAUAUCAGUGCACAUCAAUGCCACAUAUCAGUGCCCAUCUGAGCUGCCUUUCAAUGUCACCCAUCUGUGCCAUUCAGUGCCAUCUAUCAAUGCCAAUCAGUGCUGCCAAUCAGUGCCACCUAUCAGUGCCAGUCAGUGCCACCUAACAGUGUCAGUCAGUGCUGCCUAAUAGUGCCAGUCAGUG